UCCAUGGGGAGAGUAGCAAAACAAGCAUAUGCUCAAAACCCUUGGAACUGAUACCUCUCAAAUCGAAUAUCCCUUUUUUAUUUUACUGUUUCUUCUUCCCCAGAUUCCUUCAAACGAAACUGGGAAAAAAAAAAUUCGGAUAUUUUUUCUCUGCCUCUUUGGUGUUUUUCAUCGAAUUAUCGGAGAUCCCAUCGCAUAAUUUAUGCUGCAAAAAUCAUGACCCUUUCUUCUCUCUCUAUAAAUCACUCUCUCUCUCCUCCUCUUCUUCCUAGCACGACGACCACUUCUUCUUCUUUUUCAUCGGCUUCUUGUUCUCCCAGGUGUUCUUUCGUCAACUCUCCUGUUUCUGUUGCGUUUUCGUGUUCCAAGCCUUGCCCGAGGUUGCCAAUUAGCUUGCCUCGCAAGAAAGGCAGGGUCUUUGGCGAAGGGAUUGGGCGGGAAGUGGUUUCUGCUUCUGGGUCAAACGAUAUGACGAUCACCGAGGUUAGGGAAGAUCAGAAUGAGGAGAUUGAGGCUCCUCUUCUCGACUCAGAGACGGUCUCCAGGCCGAGGAGAAUCGCUCUCUUUGUCGAGCCUUCGCCCUUUUCGUAUGUCUCCGGAUACAAAAACAGAUUCCAGAAUUUUAUAAAGUAUCUACGUGAAAUGGGAGACGAGGUUAUUGUUGUGACGACACAUGAAGGUGUUCCCCAGGAGUUCUAUGGAGCAAAAGUCAUUGGGUCAAGGAGUUUCCCAUGUCCAUGGUACCAAAAGGUGCCUCUCUCUCUUGCGCUUAGUCCUAGAAUAAUCUCGGAAAUCGCCCGGUUUAAGCCUGAUAUAAUACACGCUUCAUCUCCAGGGAUAAUGGUUUUCGGUGCUCUGGCAAUAGCAAAAAUGCUGUGUGUACCAUUAGUGAUGUCUUACCACACACACGUGCCCGUAUACAUCCCAAGAUACACGUUUAGUUGGCUGGUUAAACCCAUGUGGUCGAUAAUAAGAUUCCUUCACAGAGCUGCUGAUCUUACAUUAGUUCCCUCAGCUGCCAUUGGAAAAGAUCUUCUAGCAGCUGGUGCAACAGCAGCUAAUCAGCUCCGUCUUUGGAAUAAGGGUGUUGAUUCUGAAAGCUUUCAUCCCCGUUUCCGCUCCCAUGAUAUGCGUUUAAGACUGAGUAACGGCGAACCAGAAAAACCACUGGUAGUCCAUGUUGGCCGUCUUGGUGUGGAGAAAAGUUUGGAUUUCCUAAAGGGCAUAAUGGACAGAUUGCCAGAGGCUCGGAUUGCUUUCAUUGGAGAUGGACCAUAUAGGGAGGAACUAGAGAAGAUGUUUGCUGAUAUGCCAGCAGUUUUCACGGGGAUGCUACAAGGCGAAGAGCUCUCACAAGCUUAUGCAAGCGGAGAUGUGUUUGUGAUGCCAUCCGAGUCAGAAACGUUAGGUCUUGUAGUGUUGGAGGCAAUGUCCUCAGGACUCCCUGUAGUGGCGGCUCGUGCUGGUGGAAUCCCCGACAUCAUCCCUGAAGAACAGGAAGGUAAAACCGGGUUUCUGUUCAAUCCCGGGGACGUUGAGGAUUGCGUGAGCAAGCUGAAGGCUCUAUUGGAUGAACCUGAAAAGAGGGAGAUAGUUGGGAAAGCGGCUCGGGAGGAGAUGGAGAAAUAUGAUUGGAGGGCUGCAACUAGAAAGAUAAGGAACGAGCAGUACAGUGCAGCCAUAUGGUUCUGGAGGAAGAAGAGAGCUCAGCUUCUCCGACCGAUUCAUUGGCUGGUCAAACGACUCUUUCCGGCUCCUGAAGUUAACGUGUAGAAUGACAGUAAAAGAAGAAGAAGCAGAAGAAGAAUGAUGAUGUUGGGUGAAUAGUUGUUGUUGUUAUUUGUCGAUUUGUUCAUGCAAGCUGCUCUUGUAUGAUGAUAUUAUGGGAUUUUAGCUGAUUUUGGGCAUAUAUAUAUAUAUGUGUGUGUGUGUGUGUGUAUUGGUUUAGACCUUGGGUUAUCUCAUUCUCAUGUAUGGAAUCCGGUGAUCUGGUAUAUAGUAGAAAUAUUUACAUA